AUGAUAAACUCGCUUCUAAAAAGGGCGGUUGAUAGUGCAUGUGAAGGUUUAAAGGGUGACAAUAAGGAACGCCUGCAGAAGUAUUUCGCAUCGACAGAGAAUAUAGCGACGCUGAUGAGAACGAUGAGGAAGGAUGAAAUAUUUUUGACUCAUGGAGAUUAUAGACCAAGCAAUUUAAUGCACAGGCAUCGGAACGGUAACCUGGAGGUAGUCCCUAUAGACUAUCAAACCGUGAAAGCUGGGAACCCAGUGGGCGACCUGAUGCACUUCGUCUUCUCUGGCUCUGAUGAGGAGUUCCGCCGUCUCCAUUACCAGCAGCUCAUGGACCACUACUUCAAGCAGCUGACCUUGGCGUUGAAGCAGCUUAAUGUGGACGUGAAGAACGUGUAUCCUAGGGAGACAUUUGAUGCAGAUCUGAUUAGGGUAAGGCUGAUGGGUGUCAUACCCAGGAUACUCACGCAUGUGGAUAAAGGAUGA